CACCUCCGUGCUGAGAGCGCGCGGCGUCCCCGGAGCCUGGCGAGGUGGUAGGGGCGGGAGAGACUUCCCUCAUUCGUCUUCCUUGCUUUUCCAGGAAAAGGGAGCGAUGCUGAACUCAGGUAGAAGCAGGGGACCUUCCUAGUCCUGGCCGAGCCACGGAGGUGAGGUCUCACCUCAGCCACUUGUCCAGCCAGACCCUCAGUCUCUGCCCAGCUCCCAGGCGUCUCUGCUCGGAGGAGGGGUUGUUUCUCCAGCUCAUCCUGGACCAUGUCAUUCGGUGCACAAGGAGGAUUCUGAGACUGGCCGGAGUCCAGUGUGUAGCCGUUGGCUGCCACCGUCCAGCCGAAGGAUAGCCCAGAGCCCGGGUGCAAAGCGCAGACGCAGCGAGGAUGAGCGUGGGGGAGACCACCUCAGCUCCCCCCACCCCAGCCCCGGACUCGGAUGUGAUCACAUCCACUUUCUCCCUCGUGGACUACGUGGUGUUCAGCCUGCUGCUGGUUUUCUCCCUUGCCAUUGGCCUCUACCAUGCUUGUCGUGGCUGGGGCAAGCAUACUGUUGGCCAGCUGCUGCUGGCGGACCGCAGAAUGGGCUGCCUCCCGGUGGCUCUGUCCCUGCUGGCCACCUUCCAGUCGGCCGUGGCCAUCCUGGGUGUGCCAUCGGAGAUCUACCGGUUUGGGACGCAGUAUUGGUUCCUGGGUUGCUGCUACUUCCUGGGGCUGCUGAUCCCUGCACAUGUCUUCAUCCCCGUCUUCUACCGCCUGCAUCUCACCAGUGCCUAUGAGUACCUGGAGCUGCGGUUCAAUAAGGUGGUGCGGAUUUGUGGAACUGUGACCUUCAUCUUCCAGAUGGUGAUCUACAUGGGAGUUGUGCUCUAUGCACCAUCCUUGGCCCUCAAUGCAGUGACUGGCUUUGAUCUGUGGCUGUCAGUGCUGACCCUGGGCAUUGUCUGUACAAUCUACACUGCUCUGGGUGGGCUGAAGGCCGUCAUCUGGACAGAUGUGUUCCAGACACUGGUCAUGUUCCUAGGGCAGCUGGCGGUUAUCAUCGUGGGGUCGGCCAAAGUGGGCGGCUUGGGGCGUGUGUGGGAUGUGGCCUCCCAGCAUGGCCUCAUCUCUGGGAUCGAGCUGGACCCCGAUCCCUUUGUGCGGCAUACCUUCUGGACCUUGGCCUUCGGGGGCGUCUUCAUGAUGCUCUCCUUGUACGGGGUGAACCAGGCCCAGGUGCAGCGCUACCUCAGUUCCCGCACAGAGAAAGCGGCUGUGCUCUCCUGCUAUGCGGUGUUCCCCUGUCAGCAGGUGGCCCUCAGCAUGGGCUGCCUCAUUGGCCUGGUUAUGUUCGCCUAUUACCAGGAGUAUCCCAUGAGCACCCAGCAGUCUCAAGCAGCCUCUGACCAGUUCGUGCUCUACUUUGUGAUGGACCUGCUGAAGGGCCUGCCGGGCCUGCCGGGCCUCUUUGUCGCCUGCCUCUUCAGUGGCUCCCUCAGCACCAUAUCCUCUGCUUUCAAUUCGUUGGCAACUGUUACGAUGGAGGACCUGAUUCGACCCUGGUUCCCUGAGUGCUCCGAAGCCCAGGCCAUCAUGCUUUCCAGAAGCCUCGCCUUUGGCUAUGGGCUGCUUUGCCUGGGCAUGGCCUACAUUUCCUCCCAGAUGGGACCUGUGCUACAGGCUGCAAUCAGCAUCUUUGGCAUGGUCGGGGGUCCGCUGCUUGGACUCUUCUGUCUUGGGAUGUUCUUUCCUUGUGCCAACCCUCCUGGUGCCAUCGUGGGCCUGUUGGCAGGACUCAUCAUGGCCUUCUGGAUCGGCAUUGGGAGCAUAGUGACCAGCAUGGGCUCCGGCUUGGCACCUUCUCCUCCUAAUGGGUCCAGCUUCUCCCUACCCAGCAAUCUGACCAUCGCCACUGUGACCACCUUAAUGCCCUCGACCUCCCUCUCCAAGCCCACAGGGCUGCAGCGGCUCUAUUCCCUGUCCUAUUUGUGGUACAGCGCUCACAACUCCACCACCGUCAUUGUGGUGGGCCUGAUUGUCAGUCUGCUCACUGGAGGAAUGCGGGGUCGGCCCCCGAACCCACGGACCAUCUACCCAGUGCUGCCCAAACUGCUGGCCCUCCUGCCCUUGUCCUGGCAGAAGCGGCUGCACUGCACAAGCCACUGCCAGGACCUCCCUGUGGAUACUGAGCUGUUUCCAGAGAAGAUGAGGAAUGGGGCACUGAGGGCCAGUGGCGACAAGGAGCCCAUGACUGAGGCCAGCCCAGUCCAUCAGGGGACCAGCCCCACCUUCAUCCUCCACGAGACCUCCUUGUGAUGUGGACUCAGGACCCAGCCUCUGUCCUCGCUGCUGGAGCGCAGCCCAAAGCCACCAUGCAGUCGGGAGAGGAGCCACGGGGUGUGUUCCGCAAGUUGGGCCUGGAGCACGGAACCCACCCACAGCACCUUGUGUCCCAGGUCUCACCCGCUGCAGAAGCUCUCGCAUCUUGGGCAGGGCGGGUGGGGCAGGGACUCUCCAGUUCCUUGUCAGUCUGUCUUCUUGGGGAUCAGAAUUUCAGGGAGUAAAAUUGUGCCAGAAGUAGGGUAGAAGCAAAUCCUCUGGGAAAGGGAAUGGCUUGUGAUCCCACUUAGCCUGGGCCCUUAGAGGCGAGGAGAGGCAGCAGUUCCGUUACAGCUGCCCGGGGGUCCAGCUGGGCCAGGUUAACCAUCCCCACCAGAAAGCUGGAAGCCACAGAGGGCCUCGUGGUUGCAUUCAGGUUGUCCGUGACACCUGUGCCUCUCUCCUUACCGGUCGACCUCCAUUCGUGAGAGGGACAUCGUGGUGUUCUGGGCUACUCGGAAUGGGUAGCUGUGCUCAUCUGCUUGGUGGGGAGGCAGAUUUCCCACCUCCCUGUCCCCACCCUCCACCUCUGCGCUGGGCACGUAGGGGCCAAGUGCUGUGGCUUCAGGAAACCAGGGCCACGACCGAGUCCACUGUGAGGUGUGCCGUCCUCUGCUCCAGGCCGCUUCGUGCCACUCUGUCAUCUGUGCUCCUGUUUUCUCUGGGAGCGGCUGCUUCCACAUUACCUUUGUUCCUGGGGAAUAAACUGCUGUUGAACCUGGAA